UCCUCAUUGCAUCCUUCACAUUUACGCUCUAAACCACACACACUUCAACACACUUACUGUGUGUUAGGGUUUUCGCUUUCUACUUAUAUAGUAAGUAUUACUUACACUGGUUUAUAUCUUUGAAUAUCAAAUGGGUUUAACGUCGCUUCAAGUUUGCAUGGACUCGCCCGACUGGUUUCAGGGCACAAUUCCGGAGGAAGCAGGAAUGGACUCAUCGUCACCAUCAGGAAUGACAGAUCCUAUGCUUGCAUGUUCCCGCCCGUUAAUGGAGCGUAGGCUCCGCCCACAACACGAUCAAGCCCUCAAAUGUCCACGUUGUGACUCCACACACACCAAAUUCUGCUACUACAACAACUACUCACUCACUCAACCCCGUUACUUCUGUAAAACGUGCCGCCGGUACUGGACCAAAGGCGGCACGCUACGUAACAUCCCUGUUGGUGGCGGCUGCCGAAAAAACAAAAAAAUCUCUUCAAGUUCCAAGAAAUCCACUUCGGCAGCCGCCAAUAACAGUAACAGUAACGAUAACAAUAUCAUCCACCAACACCAGCACCAACACCAGCAAAACUCACAUUUGAUCAACCUAAACCCAACCCUAAACCCUAAUGCUAACCCUAAUCAUAACCAUAGCCAUAACCAUCAUCAGUUGAUUAUGAACUCGACUGAUCUUCAACUGUCCUAUCCGGACUCAACGAUGCAGUUUUCGGCGAAUAAUUUGUUUGGCAUUGGGACUUCUAGUAAUAUUCCGAGUUUUAUGUUUGAGAAUUUGAAUGGGAGUGCUACUAGGGCUAUUGACUUCAUGGAGAAUAAUGGUGGUGGUGGUGGUAGUCAGUUGAUGGGGAUGAUGGGUAGCGGUGGUUACGCGGCGGAGAUGGGUGGUGUGAAUGUGAUGGGACAAAAUUAUCAUGGUGGUAAUCUUUGUUCACCUUUUGGUGGAAUGACACUUGAUUCUAUUAAUAAUCCUUUUAUGGAAAGAGGUUUGAUUGCAUAUAAUAAUGAUGGGAAUGAUGUGAAUGAGGAUGCAAUUAGUUCUCUUGAUGUAAAGCCAAAGCUUUUGGCUUUAGAAUGGCAAGAUCAAACUGGUGGUGGUGCGAGUUCUGGCGGCGGAAGUGGUGGUGCGUACCUGACGGGUAUUGGGUCGUCGUGGGGCGGGUUAAUGAGCGGGUAUGGACCGUCAGCGACGAACUCAUUGGUGUAAUGGGUUCGGAUCAUGGGUUAGGGUUUGAAGGUUUUAGUAUGAAUGGGAUUCCAAAAAUGACUGCUUUGGUGGAAUUUGGAUCUUGGUUUUUUAAUUAAUAUUAUUAUUAUUAUAUAUUUAGUAGUGUUGGUGGAUGUAUUUUAAUCGACAUUCAGGAUUGUAGGAUUUUGUGACACGUUAAGAAAGCAAAUUAGUGUGUUUUUUAAUGUUUUUAAAACUAAUAUCCAAGUGAUAUAUGAUCUCUUUAAGAUUC